AUGAAUCUCAAUAAACUUCCAAAAUUACCAAAAGGUGGUUUUGGUGGUGGUUUUGGUUUUGUAAUUCUUGGUGGUUUAGGUUUAUUAGCUUUAGAUUCAUUAGUCAAUGUCGAAGGUGGUCAUAGAGCAGUUGUAUUUAGUAGACUUAGUGGUAUUCAAGAACAAGUACUUAAUGAAGGUACACACAUUCUUAUUCCAUGGAUUCAUCGUGCAGAAAUUUAUGAUGUAAGAGCAAAACCAAGACAAAUUUCAUCAUUAACUGGUAGCAAAGAUCUUCAAAUGGUCAACAUUACUGUAAGAGUUUUAUCAAAACCAAGAAUUGCUGCACUUCCAGCUAUUUAUAGAACUUUAGGUAAAGAUUAUGAUGAAAGAGUUUUACCAUCAAUCGUAAACGAAGUUUUAAAAAGUAUUGUUGCUCAAUUCAAUGCCUCCCAAUUAAUCACUCAAAGAGAACAAGUUAGUAGAUUAAUUUUCAAACGUUUAAUCGACCGUGCUAGAGAUUUUAAUAUUGAAUUAGAUGAUGUUUCAAUCACCCAUUUAAAUUUUGGUAGAGAAUAUGCCGCUGCUAUCGAAUCAAAACAAGUUGCUCAACAAGAAGCUGAAAGAGCUCGUUUCUUAGUCGAAAAAGCAUUACAAGAUAAAAGAAGUAUUAUUGUUAAGGCUGAAGGUGAAGCUCAAGCUGCUAAACUUAUUGGUGAUGCCAUUAAACAAAAUCCAUCAUUUAUUCAACUCAGAAAACUUGAAGCCUCAAGAGAAAUUUCUUCAAUUAUUUCAAAAUCACAAAAUAAAGUUUUUAUCAAUUCAGACACCCUCCUUUUAGACACAGUUAAUGAACAAGAUGAACAAAAAUAA